AUGGAGAAAACAAACAAGGUUAUGUGGGGAGAAAUAGAAGACGAUGAGAACUUUGAUUACUUGCUUCCGGCGAAGCAGAUGAUCGGGCCUGACGAGAAUGGUAUCAAGAAGGUGAUUGAGUACAGGUUCAACGACGAGGGCAAAACGGUCAAAGUCAUCACCACUACACGUGUCCGCAAGGGGAAGGCUGGAGAUAAACGGGUCGUGGAGCGGCGUACCAGCUGGACUAAGUUCGGCGACGCCGUCCAUGAUGUUGCCGGUGGUGGCGGUUUCACGACGGUUUCAAAGGAAGACAUCUUGUUGGAACGACCCAAGUCUCCAGGUACCAAACCGGAAGAAACAAAGGCAUCUCAAGAGUUGGUUAAACCCGGUGCGGUCCUGAUGAUCUGCAGGAAUUGCGGCAAGAAAGGUGAGCACUGGACAGCAAGAUGCCCUACGAAUAACCAUUCCUCGACGACAGAUCAUGCGGAAGCGUCUACGAGGACUGGCACUGAUCAUCACAAGGCUGAUUCUUAUGUCCCGCCAAACAAGAGAGGAAGCAUUACUGUUCCAGACCCGAGGAAGAGGAACGACGAGAACUCUGUACGUGUGAGUAACUUGUCUGAAGACACUCGUGAAGAGGAUCUGAUGGAUUUGUUUGGGACAUUUGGUGCUGUGGCUCGAGCCUACGUGGCCUUUGACAAGAUGACCGGAACGAGCAGAGGCUUUGGUUUUGUCGACUUUGUGAACAGAGAAGACGCACAGCUAGCAAUCAACAAACUGAAUGGUUAUGGCUAUGACCAUCUCAUCCUUAGGGUCGCAUGGGCUACUCCUAGAGCCAACUGA